AUGGUCGUCCAAAUCAUGCCUUUAGCUGGGGCAGACAUACCAACCUAUGUUCGAGUCGAGCUUGAGGCUUUCAGAUCGCAUCCAAGGAUAUCUAUGCUAUGGCCAAAUGGAUAUACCGACGACUUGUACGCAUACUACGAAGCGGGGAAGACCAAAAGCUUUCAUGAGCCUGAUACGCGUUUCAUCAAAGCUGUCGAUGAUACAAUGGGCGAGAUUUUGGGAGUCUCUGAGGUUACUUUCGCCCUUGAUCUAGCGAAGAAUGCGGCUCGGUCUCCGCCAUCAACAGAUGAGCAGCCACCAGCAAACUGGCCAGCGGGUGGCAACUGGGAGCUGAAGCGGUAUUUUAAGAUCAACACAUUCCAUCUGCUUGCCGACUCAUUCACGGGGAAGCCAUACAUACUGGUCGAUCUUCUGAUCGUCAACCCGAAGUACCAUCGACAAGGGAUCGGGUCAAAGCUUCUCGACUAUGCGACUAAUGAGGCAGAUCAGCGAGGUGUUCUGCUUGGUCUGGAAUCCACACCUGCUGGGUUGUCGUUGUACCAUCGUCACGGGUUGAGAGAAGCGCAAGUCAUCAAGGCUGAUAUGAGGCUCUUUGGUGUGAUGCAUGAGUAUGACGAGGAAGCGGCGAAGCGCGUGUGGAUGGUCAGAGAGCCUCGUAUGCAGACUUGA